GAAAUAAACCUAGUGCUGGUCGCUUUCUUCUUUUUAUUAUUCUCAAUUUCUCCACUCUCCCAUGGACCUCCAGCAGUUGAAUUCUAUAAAGAAACUAGAUGAUCGAGGUCAAUUGCAUCAUCUCUCCAUAUACAAAAAAGAUGAUGGAAGUCAUUUCUUUCUAAAAGGAAGUAUUUUCAUUUUAUAUAUGCAUUUUCAUUUAUUGAUGGAGUUCUUAAAAUAAUAUUUUCCCUACACGUUCGUAAACAUUCGUUUGAAUCAAGCCAAAAAAAACCCCAAAUGAUCUGAAAGAUCAUCCCUAACCGACCCAAUUCACAUUACUGAAAGCCAAAGAAAUCUCGAAUAUGUGGAUUUUUGGAUGGAAAGGACCAUCUGGGUUCUCAGCCCGUUCUACAGCAGAAGAAGUCACUGAAGGAAUUGAUGGCAAUGGGCUCACUGCUAUUGUUACAGGAGCUUCAAGUGGUCUUGGCGAAGAGACUACACGUGUUCUUGCAUUACGUGGAGUCUAUGUCAUUAUGGCUGUAAGGAAUGUUGAAGCAGGAAGAAAAGUAAAAGAAGCAGUACUGAAGGAAUCCCCCUCUGCUAAAAUUGAUAUCAUGGAGUUAGAUCUUUCUUCAAUGGAAUCUGUAAGGAAAUUUGCUGCAGAUUAUAUUGCAUCAGGCCGUGCACUGAAUAUUCUCAUGAACAAUGCUGGCGUUAUGGCUACUCCUUUUAUGCUUUCCCAUGAUGGCAUAGAAUUGCAGUUUGCAACAAAUCAUUUAGGACAUUUUCUUCUGACAAACCUUCUAAUGGAAACCAUGAAAAAAACUGUGCUUGAAAGCAAAAAGGAGGGAAGGAUUGUCAACCUGUCAUCAGAGGGUCACCGAUUGACAUACAGUGAAGGAAUUCGUUUUGAUAAAAUCAACGAUGAAUCAGAGUACAGAACUAUCUUAGCUUAUGGACAAUCAAAGCUGUCCAACAUAUUGCAUGCAAAAGAGCUUGCCAGGCGGUUAAAGGCAGAAGGGGUAGAAAUAACAGCCAACGCCCUUCAUCCGGGAGCAAUUGCUACCAAUCUACUACGCUUCCAUGGUUUCAUUAAUGCUGUUACUAAUUCGGUUGCUAAGUUUGUGCUUAAAAAUGUCCAGCAGGGAGCGGCAACUCAGUGUUAUGUAGCACUGAAUCCCCAAGUUAAAGGGGUUAGUGGAGAGUAUUUUGUUGAUAGUAAUAUAGCCAACCCAACCAAUCAUGCUAAAGAUAUGGAAUUGGCCAAGAAACUGUGGGAUUUCAGUGUGGAUCUAACCAGCCCAAAAUAAUUGAAUCUUAAGAGAAACCUUUCUUACUCUUAACUUCUUAUCUCAGGCUUCAUGUAAUACAUGGACACUUUAAAUGGUGAAGUUAGACAAAUCAGUAUUUGUAGUUUUUAAUGCCCCUUUGCCUUGAAACAUAAACAGAAUGUGGCCUGUGGGAACAAAUAUGAGUGCACGAUUGUAAUACUUUUGUUUGAAAACGAGUACAAUUGUGUUUCCUAUUGAUUUCAUAAUUCGAUGUUUUAGGGUUUGUAGUGCUCAA